AAAUGCUUGUUUGGUUUAGCCAUAACAGAUAUAGCUAUAAGUUACAAUAAAUUGUUUUCCCCUGUUUUGCGACAACAUAUCAUACAUCUUGAGAAUGCAGAAAAUGGAAAAUCUGUGGAGGAAGCUAUCACAGUCAUCGAGGCACCACGCCAAUCAGAUUUGAUGGUAGAGCUGAUUAAAACAUUGAAACCAGAGGUAGUAGUCACUGGAAUGGCCCAAUAUGAGUCAGUCACGAGUUCCUCAUUUGAGCAUCUUUUAGACGUCACAAGAGAAAUUGGAUGCCGGUUGUUAUUAGAUAUAUCAGACCACUUUGAGCUUUCUAGCCUCCCAAGUUCCAAUGGGGUCUUUAAAUAUCUUGCUGGAAAUACUCUGCCUUCACAUGCAUCUAUCGUGUGUGGCUUGCUGAAAAACCAGGUUUAUGCAGAUCUGGAGGUAGCAUUUGUGAUAUCAGAGGACGAGGCGAUGUUCAAAGCAUUAUGCAAGACAGUGGAACUUUUACAAGGGAGUACUUCUAUAAUUAGUCAGUACUAUUACGGGUGUCUUUUCAAUGAGCUUCUAGCUUUUCAGCUUUCUGAUCGACAUCCACCAGCACAGAGAAAUACUACAAGAGCUUCUAAGACCAACGGCUUUUCCACUUCUACCAUGUCCGUGCUCGAUCAUGCUGAGCUGGCAGUAAAUGAACCCGAUGAAUCUGCACUGGUUCAUAUGGAUGUCGAUCAGAUAUUCUUGCCCAUAACAACACCCGAAGGUGGCACCCUCUGCUUCCCAAACGGUACCAAUGGAAGUUACGUAUCUGCCGCAAAAUUUGUAAAUGCAAAAUCCGCAAAUAUUCAGACCAACGUAGAAGAAGGAUAUAAACUGACAGAAAAAACACUCACGACUGCACUCAAGGGCGUUGAAAAACCAUGGGUCUACAUUUCAGGCCCCACGAUCAAUCCCACAGGCUUAAUUUAUAGCAAUGAAGAGAUUAACAAAUUAUUAUCCGUAUGUGCAAAGUUCGGGGCAAGAGUAAUUCUGGAUACUUCAUUUUCGGGUGUGGAAUUCAACUCAAAGGGGUUCGGGGGAUGGAAACUGGGAGCUACACUGGAGAAACUUUACUCUGAAAGCUCAGCCUUUUGCAUAUCACUUCUUGGGGGGCUUUUCUUUAAGCUGCUAACAGGUGGGAUUAGCUUUGGGUUUCUGCUCAUCGACCAGCCUGCGCUGGUGGAGACAUUCCAUAGCUUUGCGGGCUUGAGCAAGCCUCACGUGACAACUAAGUAUAUGGUCAAGAAAUUGCUGGACCUGAGGGAGGAGAAAAGAAGGGACCUCCUUAAAGCAAUUUCAGAGCAGACUGAUAUUUUGGGGAGCAGAUAUAGGCAAUUGAAGCAGACACUGGAAACUAGUGGAUGGGAUGUGCUCGAGGCUCAAGCAGGCAUAUCCAUAUUAGCUAAACCGUCUGCCUAUCUUGGAAAGACCAUCAAGAUCAAGAAAGGCACAAACACCCAGGAAAUUAAGCUAGAUGACUCGAAUAUAAGGGAAGCCAUGCUUAGGAGCACUGGCUUGUGCAUCAAUAGUGCCUCUUGGACUGGAAUCCCUGGCUACUGCCGCCUCACCAUUGCCCUGGAGGAAGGCGAUUUUAAACAGUGGUCAUGUUGUGAGAGCUGCUCUUGUUUUGUUUUACUGCAAACUGGAUUUCUCUUAAUUGUCCUUCCAAUGAAAAAAAUGUUGCUUGGUUAUGUUAUUUGCCGAAACUUGGACAUUGUGAGAGCUGCUCUUGAUUUACUGGAAAUUAGAUUUGCCCUUGGAUAUGCAAUUUCUGCAGCAGUACCGUUUCAC